UGAAAUUGUAGUUCCUUCAAGGAACCGGUUAAACCCACGAGGGGAUGUCCAGCAUGCGGACUCUACAGUUUCCUCUUCUGUCCAGAGCUGUGCUCUCAUUGAGGGCAACACCGGUGGUCUGACCAGUCACCCUGCAGCCAUGACGCCUAAACAUUGCUCUCUAGGCUUCCUCAUCAGUUUCUUCCUGACUGUAGUGGAAACCCAGUCAGCCCAUGAGUCUCUGAUGCCUCAGCGAGUACAUUUUCGAUCUCAAAAUUUUCACAACAUUUUGCACUGGCAGCCUGGGAGGGCUUGUACCAGCAAUAGCAGUAUCUAUUUUGUGCAAUAUAAAAUGUAUGGACAGAGACAAUGGAAAAAUAAAGAGGACUGUUGGGGUAUUCUCGAAUCCUUUUGUGACCUUACUAAUGAAACAUCAGAUAUACAGGAGCCUUACUAUGGGAGGGUAAGGACCAUCUCAGCUGGGAUCCGCUCAGACUGGACCAUGACACAGCGCUUCACUCCCUGGUGGGAAACGAAAAUUGAUCCUCCAGUCAUGAAUAUAACUCAAGUUAAUGGAUCUUUGUUGGUGAUUCUCCAGGCUCCAGGUUUACCAUAUAGAGACCAAAAAGGAAAAAAUGUAUCAAUAGAAAAUUACUAUGAGCUAGUAUAUCGAGUCUUUAUAAUUAACAAUUCACUAGAAAAGGAACAAAAGGUAUAUGAAGGAGCUCACAGAGUUGUUGACAUUGGAGCUCUGGCACCUCACAUGGAUUAUUGUGUAGUGGCUGAAAUGUACCAGCCCAUGCUAGACAGAAGAAGUCGGAGAAGUGAAGAGAAAUGUGUGGAACUUCCUUGAAGGGUUGUGGAGUGCUCCACAAUAUGGAAAUCAAAAACUCUCUGAGAAUGGGCUGUCCCAGGUUUGAAGGAUCUCACUGAAAGUUG